AUGGGAUCAUCAUUAAAUAAACCAUUGGCUGAUAGAGUCCAAGAUAUAGAUGGGCAAUCAUCAAUGGUAUUUGAUCCGUGGAAAAUCAGACCAGAAAUUAUAAACUCAACGACAGAAAUGAGCACAAAUACAUCAGUGACACACAGAAGAAGGAAUCAUAGACUGUCACCUUUAGAAAAACAGAAAAUGAAAAAUAUACAGAGUUUAAAUUUUACAGUAAAUGAUAAUUUAUUACAAAGAGCAGAAUUUGAAAAAACCACAAAAGGAUUUCAUUUAAAAAAAACAUUUGGAAAAUGGAUAAUAUGUUUAUUUUUAGGAAUUAUUGUUGGAUGCAUAGCUUAUAUUAUUAAAACAGUUGUACAAUUAUUACAAGGUUUAAAAUUUCAUUACACAAAUUAUUACGUUUCAAAAGGAUUACAGUCAGAAGCAUUUUUAACAUUUUCAGGUAUAAAUUUAUUAUUUGUAUGUUUAUCAUGUUUAAUGGUUAUUGUAGCAGGACCAUUGGCAAGUUCGAGUGGUAUACCAGAGGUUAAAGGAUAUUUAAAUGGUGUUAAAGUACCAGAAUCACUAGGUUUUAGAUCAUUGUUUGGAAAAAUUAUAUCGUUAAUAUUAUCAUAUUCAUCAGGUUUAUUUGUUGGUCCAGAGGGGCCAAUGAUUCAUAUUGGUUCAGCAGUAGGUGCCGCUAUUAGUCAAUUUAAAUCAUCAACUUUAGGUUUUUAUCCUGAUUUAUUCCUAAACUAUAGAAAUGAUAGAGAUAAACGUGAUUUCAUUUCAGUAGGUGCUGCAACAGGUAUAUCUGCAGCUUUUGGAGCUCCAAUAGGAGGUGUGUUAUUUAGUAUAGAAGAAGUAUCAUCAUUUUGGUCACGUCAACUAACCUGGAGAACCUUUUUUUGCUGUAUGAUUGCAACAUUUACAUCAAAUUUCUUGUUGCAAGGUAUGGGUUCUUCACCAGAUAUGCAUGAUUCUGGUCUCUUAACCUUUGGUUUUUCAAGACUUUACCUUUAUAGAUAUUCAGAACUUUUAUGUUUUUGUAUUUUAGGUUUAGUAGGUGGUAUCUUUGGUGCAACUUUUGUAUUUUUAAAUAUUCAUUUAAACAAAUGGCGUAAAGAAAAAUUAAAACAAAAUCCAUUUUUAAGAUUAUUCGAAGCAUUAUUUGUUAGUAUUUGCACUUCGAUUAUUUGUUACUAUGCUUCAUUUAUUUUUGGCUGUAGAUAUCAAUCAAAUAUUAUUAUUGAAACUAGCGUUUGUGAAGAUCAAUCAAAUACUGAAAUGGUACAAUUCUUCUGUCCUAAUGGUAUGUACAGUGAAUUAGGUUCAUUAUUAUUUGGUAACCCAGAUCAAGCAUUAAGAAGAUUAUAUUCUAGAACUUUAAAUAUGUUUACAUUACCAUCAUUAGUAGUUUUUACUGUAAUUUCCUUUGUAUUUUCAAUAUGGUCAAGUGGUUUAUGGGUAGCUGGUGGCCUUUUUGUACCAAUGAUGAUGGUUGGGGCUGGAUUUGGUAGACUCUUUGGUCAAUUAUUAUCACUUUGGUUCACUGGUAUAGAUUCAAGUAUUUAUGCAUUAGUUGGAUCAGCUGCUAUGAUGGCAGGUUAUUGUAGAAUGACUAUUUGUAUUGUAGUAAUUAUGGUAGAGCUAACCGAAGGCACACAGUAUUUGGUUCCAAUUAUUUUAGCUGUAAUGAUAGCAAAAUGGGUUGGUGAUUUCUUUAACGAAUCUGUAUAUGAACAUUUAAUGGAGCAAAAGUAUAUACCCUUUCUUCAAACUCUACCACCUCAUUCAACCAAUAACAUUAGAAUUACAAAUGUAAUGAGCAAAAAUGUUGUAGUAUUACCCGAGGUUUGUCAAGUUAAAACUUUAAUUUCUGUUUUAAAUAAUAACAACCAUAAUGCUUUUCCAGUUAUUAACAGGGGUAUUACAGGUGAUCAACGUCUAUAUCGUGGUAUUAUACUCAGAGACCAUAUACUAGUAUUAUUAUUCAACCGAGUCUUCUAUAGAGGUACCGGUGAAGAAAUAUAUCUCGAUGAAAAUUUCGACUUUAAACAAUUUCAAAAAGAAACAUCAAAAAAACCUCCACAGCUUUCUGAAAUGGAGUUUGAUUACUACGAAUCAGAAUCAUAUAUAGAUUUAAGACCCUAUAUGAAUAGUAGUGGUAUAACGAUCCAUAAUACCUUUAGUUUUGUUGAAGCUUAUAAACUUUUUAGAAAUAUGGGUUUAAGACAUUUACCAGUAAUAGAUAUAAAUAACGAAGUAGUUGGAAUUGUAACAAGAAAAGAUAUGCUUUAA